GACAGCACAUGGAAGUUAGAGUUCUUCUCUAUGGCUUUGUUUUAGACAGUAGAAAUCUAUCUUCAGCAUCUUGCAUACUGUUGCUCUUUCUCUUACAUGCAGUGGGUAAAUGCAUAACAUACUUCCUUUGUAAUUCCUCUCUCUUUGAAUUGCCUGAUUUAGGGAGCAGAGCUCUAUUUUAACACCCAUUUGCUUACAUGGUAGAACUUUGCUUUAAUUAAUUUCCAGGGGACUAAACUCAUCCCUGUUCUAUCAAUGCACUGACUCCAGUCACGAUACACUAGGAAUAAAUUUAGUCCAAUAUAUCUUGUUUUUAUGGGGGGGAGGGGUAUUUGAAUUUCUUUAACUUCUAACUGUCCAAAUCCCCUUCAUCUGACCCAACGGUAGAUAAGUUUUACCAUAUUAAAUGGGAGAACUUUUCUUGCUCUUUGCAUCAGAGUGGGCCAAAUUCCUCCUUCUGAGUCACACCAGCAUCAAUCCGGAGCAAUUCAACUAUGCAAGGAAACCCAGUGCAACUCUACUUUGCAGAACCGCUGUUCUAUCAAAGCUGCCUCCCUGGGAUGCUUUUGCAGAGUGAAAUAAAUGAAGCACAUGCUUUGCAUUUGCACAAGCCCCAAACAAUUGGUGGAGGGUGCCCUUUCAUUGAGCUAAUCCAGAGUAAAAAUAAAAACGGGCAGCGGUAUUUGUAGCUGGGCCAAAGGAAAAGGUUCCCAUACAACUUUCUUUCUUUCUUUUUUUUUUUUGGGUGCCCUUUAAUUUUAUUUUUUUUGGUAACUACAGUGCGAACAUGACCAUCACAUUUUCUUGAGACUCCCUUUGCUGCCUUUUCCUUUAUGCUUUGCAAAAUGAGCCCGGCUCCCCUGAAUCUCAGGAAAGAAAGCAGCUAUUCGCCGGUUUAUAAAAGAAAGUGCAUGAGCCUUUUGAUGUUCUCCUGGAAUAUCCAGGCUCCAGUUCAAAGCCUGGUGGGGCAAGGGGGGGAUCCGUUUGCUUUGCCUUGAAAUGUCCAGUCGCAUAAAGCGCCAGUUGGAUCUUUUGUUCCCCAGAAGGGGCCUCCAGGAGAGAGAGGAGUGAGUGUGCACGGGGGGAAGAGAGGGAUCGCUGGCCCCGGUGCAGGGGAGGCAGUAAUGUUCAUGCCUGUGUGUUUGCAAAGAGCAAAGGGAGAUGCUGACAGAUCCCUGAUAGAUGUGCAAGAUGGCGCAAGCCCAUUCCAGCCUCUCCAGCCACCAAUUGUCUUAGGCAGCGCUCGCACCAUGAGGAUCUAGGUUGGCUUCCAACCACCCCCCCUUUUUUUCCAUUUCGGUGCUUUGGAGAUAUUUUGGGGGGCCCUGAAACCCGCUUUUGAGGGGGCUGAUUCUCCCCCCCCACACCCCUCCAGCUGGAUUUCCCCCCCGGAUCGCAGAGGAGGAGAGACACCAGCCACACCAAAAGUGGAUCCAUGGCUUCCCCCGGCUCUCCUCUGCCGGCCGGCGUGUUCGGGUUCCUGCUGCUCGCCUUCGCGGGAGAUUUUGGUCAUUCCACCGAGCUGGCCUUCGCCGUGGAGCCCAGUGAUGACAUAGCCGUGCAGGAGCGGCCGCUGGUGCUGUACUGCCAGGUGGAGGGAAUCCCGCCCAUCACCAUUACGUGGCGGAAGAACGGGGCGAUGGUCAUGGACAAUGAGAACACCUUCGUGCUGGCCAAUGGAUCGCUGUACGUCUCCCGCUUCCAGAAAGUCAGGGGGGAUGGGUCGUCUGAUGAAGGCGAAUACGACUGCAUGGCUCAAAACCGCUUUGGGCUGGUGGUCAGCCGCAAGGCGAAGAUUCAAGCAGCUACUAUGUCGGACUUCCAUGUUCACCCUCAGAACGCAGUCGUGGAAGAAGGAGGUGUCGCAAGAUUCCAGUGCCAGAUCCAUGGUUUACCAGAGCCCGUAAUCUUGUGGCAAAAGAAUCAAGUCCCCAUCAACACGGACAAUGAUAGGUACACGCUGCUUCCCAAAGGAGUUUUGCAGAUUACCGGACUCAGAGCCGAAGACAGUGGGAUUUUUCACUGUGUGGCUACCAACAUUGCUAAUGUGAAAUUCAGCCGGGAGGCCAGACUCACUGUGUCAGGCUCCCAUUCUACAGUUUACAAGGAUCCCAUGAUUCUUGUCGGCCCAGAAAACCUCACCCUGACUGUGCACCAGACAGCUAUCCUGGAAUGCAUUGCAACUGGAAAUCCCAGGCCCAUUGUGUCCUGGAGUCGACUAGAUGGCCGUCCCAUUGGCGUAGAAGGAAUUCAGGUGCUGGGGACAGGAAACCUAAUGAUUUCUGACCUCACUGUGCAGCAUUCUGGGAUAUACGUGUGUGCUGCUAACAAACCCGGCACUAGAGUGCGGAGAACUGCCCAGGGAAGGCUAGUCGUACAAGCCCCUGCUGAGUUUGUGCAACACCCUCAGUCGAUUUCCAGACCUGUAGGGACGACUGCGAUCUUCACCUGCCUGGCCCAGGGAGAGCCUCCCCCUCAGAUCACCUGGCUGAAGAACGGGCAGAUCCUAGAACCGACUGAUCACAUCAAACUGAAGAAUAACAACAGCACACUCACAAUCUACGGGAUCAGUCAGGAGGAUGAAGCUAUCUACCAGUGCAUCGCUGAGAACAGCGCCGGCUCCACCCAAGCCAGCGCGCGCCUGACGGUGCUGUGGGCAGAUGGGUUGCCUGGUCCCCCGCAGAAUGUGAAAGCUGAGACCGUCUCCGCAACCACCGUCCAGGUAUCCUGGAGCGAACCUCUGCAGAACACCAAGGAGAUCAUCGGUUACGUGCUGCACAUAAGGAAAGCUGCAGACCCCGUGGAGAUGGAAUACCAGGAGGCUGUUAGCAAAAGCACCUUCCAGCAGCUAGUGACGGAUUUAGAGCCCUCGACCAGUUAUAGCUUCUAUAUAAAGGCUUAUACCUCCCGGGGUGCCAGCAAAGCCUCUGAAGUCAUGGUGGUGAGCACGCUGGGAGAAGUCCCAGCAAUGCCGUCCCUCUUUAUUAAAGUUCUUAACAGCACCACCAUCCAAGCGGUGUGGGAACCCUCCGUCAAACUGGGCCAGCAGGAAGGGUUCAAACUGUACUACCGUAAAGUUCACCUAGCCCACUUUACUGGCCCUAUGCUCCUGCCCAGCAACGUUACAUCUUAUAACAUUACUCACUUGGACCCAUCAGUGGUAUAUGAAGUAAAACUCCUGGCAUAUAACCAGCACGGGGAUGGAAAUUCUACUGUCCGCUUUGUAUCCCUUCGAGAAACAGUUGAAAGAACAGUGUUGAAUCCCCCGUGUGACUGCAUGAAAGAUGAGCAAAAUAAUAAGACCUCCACCACGGGGAUCAUCAUUGGGAUCCACAUUGGAGUCACGUGCAUUAUAUUCUGUGUCCUGUUCCUCAUGUUUGGCUACAGAGGAAGACUGCUGAUGUGUAAAAACGUCCAGGAACAGCUGUCAACCCCCCAGAUCCCGAGGAGUCAGAGGAAUGCCACAGGCCUGGUUCUGAACGGAGCUGCUCGGAGGGAGAGGGACGACCUGGACAUGAAUGGGAAGCCACUGGAGAUGAACGAGCUGGAAAGGUUGUUUCUAGCAUUGCCUUCCCAGGAUCAACAGGAUAAGGGAAUAAUGCCAGAUCACGUCCCACCUGACUCACAUGAUGAGACUCAGAUAUCUACACUUCCACUGGAUGAAUUCAGCAUUAUAGAAGAACAGCUCGAUCCCCAAGCCAAAAGUCUGGCUCCUGAUGAUCAGGGUGGACCACUACACAACUUUAGCCAGGAAGUCCCAGCUUUGAAACAUAGUCCCACCAAUGAAGGAUAAUUGCCAAGUCUUUAAGCCUCUUGUAGGACUCACCAAGAACCAUUUCCAUGUCUGGUGAUGUCUUUACAAUGAUUCGUCAAUCUCAGGUCAAUUUAAGAUUUCUACAGUCUGAUUUUUGUUUUUGUUUUUGCUUUAUUAUUUCUUUUAUAUUGAUAUACAGCUUUUUUGAAGCUCUAUGAAGUUUAUCUUCCUGACCUGUCUCAGGCCUCUCUGUGCAUUUCUUCCUACAAUUGCAUUAUCAAGACUGGUCAUAAUUGUUUUUCCCAUGGCUGCUAGGUAACAGACUUUACCAAUUCUCCAGUCUCCAUCAAUGAUGGAAUAUGGCGGAGCCUUGUUCCCUUGGCAUCCCAGCCCAUGUUCCCCAUUAGCGGCUUUAGGACUACUUUGUGAUCUACUUUUUAUUUCACGAUGACUGGAUUAAGAUGAAUCCUUCUAACUUGACUCCAAAAAUUCAGGCCGGGAAAGGCCACCUCUCCAUGGAUUUGAUGGUUUUGUACACUUUCUCUAUUUCUCAGGAUGCUUUUUUGAUGAUUGAAUAUAAAUAAGAAAAAAAAAUGAGGCCUGCAUGAGGGCUACUGAAAGACUUGGACAAACAUCCCGAGUAGACUCAGAACCUACCUCAACCGGAAUGAAUGUCUUCGGGGAAGCAGCAAAUAUCUGUGUCUUCCUUUGUUUUCAAAACAAGUUGGUCUGCAUAAGCUUGGUACUACCUCAGAAGUCAUGCUCCAUAUCUGCCAUGGUGUUGUCCUUUUUUUGUGUCGUCGUCAUUCUGAUGUAAAGCACUUCCAAACCUUGAAAGCAAUGUUCUACCUCAAGUUUUAUAUAGAAGUUCUUUCGUUUGUGUCGUCAGACCUGCUCCUCCUCCAUCUGACUGUUCUGCUCUGCUCCAAUGAAACCUGUUCAAAGACAAACGAAAGGGCAGUGUGUUUGCGUUAAGUCCCGAUUGUGGUGACAUUUCGUUAGUGUUAAAAGCUUUACAUUUAGCCAAGUCAUAGUGCUUGUGUUCGGUUUUGUGUGUUGGAGUUUUAUAUGAUUGUUCUACUUUAAUGACUGUUAGAGCUAUAGCAGGUAUACCACCACCAGUAACCUAAAGAGAGUCUUCGCCUGCCACAUUAGGGCCAAACUGGACCCUGCAGUACAGGUGAGCUGUUCCCAAUUGCUCCUUCAAACCAGUGAACCCCCCCGUUUUCUAAGGAUUGUGGGCUUGAUCCUACAAGAAAGUAAGCAGUCUGGUUUUGAUCCAACUACGUCAAUGCGUAGUCAAGAACUAAGCAUGCGUCUUUUGCUGAAUCAGGAUCAGAGUGCUCAGCUCCAGGCAGGAUCAGCCCCCAGGGAAUAACCAGUUUGUCUAAUCAGAGUUCCAGUCUGACAGAUUAUGGGACAUCAGCCAGAUAGGUUAGAACUACAGCACCUACCCUUAUGCACGUUCCCAUCUUUACUCAGAACCCUCAGGCUCUACCAUUGGCUACGUGGAAUAACACGCUCCCAGCUGAGAUAAUGGCACUUGUUGGAUACUGGAGACACUUGGCCUUUCAACCUCAUUCCUCACACAUCCAAGGAGGUGCCUGAUUGUCACUGACACAUCCUCUGUCAUGUGUUAAAUGCCUCAGGGAAGUGCUUUGUGAAAGAAAAGCAUAUUCUGGCUCCUUCCCCCCCCCCCCCCUUUUUUGGCUAAAUACAUAUUUCUAAAAGAUGCAUUUUCUUCAUUAGCUUUAUUUCUUUUCAGCCAUGGUGUAUUACAUCUUACUUUUAAAAGAAAAACCCGCUAAAACUGGAGACUUCUGAAUACUUAGUAUUUAAAAGCACAUCAGAAUGUUCAAAGGUACAGCUGGAUGAGCUGCCUAAUAUGCCACCUUUCUGAGUGGAAAGAGUGCCUGGUGUGGUGGAGGGCCACCAGACUAUUUCAUUGACACCUCACUGGGAAGAACAUUGGUUGUUUUGAAAGGAAAGGGGGAAAUUUUUUAUUACUAUAGGAAAAAAAAAAUGGAAAAAAUACAGUAAGAGGCAACAUGUGUAUAUAUAUUUAAAGCAGAGAGGACAAAAUCUGAGAUCCUUUACUCAGUCUUUAGUCAGUCAGACUCCCAUUAGCUUCAGUGAGAGCUGUGUCUGAGAAAGGCCAUAUUCUGAAGGUCUAAACAAGUGACUAAGGCCUUGUCUACCCUACAGGGGAAAUUCGAUCUAAGCUAUGCAAUUUGAGUUACGUGAAUAGCGUAACUCAAAUCAACCUAGCUUAUAUCUGUUGACUGUGGGGUCCACACUACGCGAUGUCGACGGGAGACAUUCUCCCGUCGACUCCCCCUACUCUUCUCGAUCCGGUGGAGUACAGGAGUCGACGGGAAAGCGAUCGGCGGUCGAUUUAGCGGGUCUUCACUAGACCCGCUUAAUCGACCGCCGAUGCAUCGAUCGCCACUUGUCGAUCCCCCGGUCAAUGUAGACAAGCCCUAAAUGUCUGAUUCUGCCCUGAACUAGGCUAGUUUAAUCCCAAUGGGUCAAAGCCAGACUUGGCACCAUUGACUUCAACUCAGUUGUCCUCACUUGCGCUGAGGCUGAAUUGGCUCAUUAUCAUUAGUGGGGACGCACUCAGCUAACGGAGAGUACAGGCUGGCGCAUGCACCUCAGUGCCUGCACCUCACCAUUCCGCCUACGCUCUUUCACCGUUAGAUGGUCAUCACAUUCUCUGCUGUUCAGCUGAUGGGAUCCCAGGAGGAAGAGACCUGUGACUGGGUGCACAUGUUAAUAUAUACUUGAGUUGCUGCCCAACAGCAAGUUUGUGUGCACCGUAGUCUGGAAACACACUUUUCUUUAUCAUGAAAAACCUCUUUGCCCUUGUCUGAUGCGCAACUCGUAAAGCAAGAAGCCUUUUAAAAACUGCUUCUUUUCACCAGGAAAGGGAAGGCCCGCACUGUUCAAAGGCAGUUGUUGGGUGCGUCCACGCUGGAUGUAGUAUUAAAAAAGGCUUAAGGGAAUGGUCAUAAGGAGAGCCUCCAGCAGGGAUGGAUGUAUCACUUGGACGUGCAGCGGCUUUUUAAUAGGAGGUUAGGAAAUUAAUACUAUUUCAUCAAGGCAUUAAAGAACCAAGAGAGCAAUUGGGGACAAUUAUGGUUGUCUCUCAAGCAGCUCAAAAGACUGCACUGGGCUGUGUUUUGAGCAGCUUUCCAGCCAGUGGAGCUCCAUUAGAGUUUCACAAGAUGGAAAUGAGGCCAGAGUCUGGCCCAGAGUUAGCAAUGUAGGGACCCACUUAUUUCAGUCUUUUUUUUUUUUUUAGAUUGCCUUAAAGUAUCAAAUUCUACAUUAAUUACGCUUUAUUAUGAAAUAGAAGGUAUCAGCACUCCAGGCCAUUAAAGAUUCUAUUUUCUUAGCCACAUGCUGUUUUGAAUGGUAAAGACCUAAUUCAAUUUGGAAGGGUGGGAAAAAGAGACAGUUCUAAGGGCUUGUCUACAUUACCAGCUGGAUCGACGG